AUGAAGUAAGAAGAAGGAGAAAUGAAGAAAGUGUUGGCAGUGAAAAGAAUGCGAGGGUUGUGGCGAGAGGGGCUCUCAUCAGCGUUCCGCACAGCCCUAGCAUGCACCGUAGUGGGAUGUGUGAGCCUCUACGCGCCACCCUCCAUCACCACCCUCAUAUCCUUCCCUGCAUUCUCAUACGUCACAGCCAUUCUCAUCAUCACCAACCACGCCACCUUCGGACACGCCUUGCGCGGAUGCUGCCUCGCACUCUACGCCACCCUUCACACCAUAGGCCCCGCCAUCUUCACCCUCUGGCUUCUCGGACCAGGGCGGCUCUCCAAAGUGGGCACCGCCGUGGCGGUGGCGCUGGCCGCAUCUGUGGUGGUCCUGCCUUGGCCUCACUCGGCGGCGCAUUUGUUAGCUAAACGCUUAGCGUUGGGUCAGAUAGUGUUGGUGUACGUGGUGGCGUACGAUAAUGGUGUUCACACUGAUCCUCUGAUGCACCCUUUGCGCUUGGCAGCUAGCACCGCCUUAGGUGCUCUUGCUUGCCUUGUGACCUUGCUUCUUCCAUACCCGCGUUUUGCAUGCUCCCAGAUGAAUGAAAUGUACAAGCUAUUAACAAAGAACAUGUCGAAGAGAUUGAGGAUUCUCAUAAAAGUAAUAAGCGAGGAGGAGAAAGCUAAUGCAAUUGGAUUCAUCUCUCAAGCCAAAUCUUUGGCAACCAAGCGAACCAAUCUCCUUUCUCUCAUCACACUCUACAAAGAGGGCGUGCAGUGGGAGAUAGUUCCAUGUAAAAUUUUGAGAUCACAUUGCUUGAGCAAAAUACAGAGACUUGGAGAGGUAGAUAAGAACCUGAGAGGGAUGGAACUGGCUUUAACUUGCACCAAUUCAUUCACAAUCAACAUUCUCAACCAAAACCUUAAACACGGUCUCAAUAACCUCGAGGAACAUAUUAGCGUAGCCAUAAAACAACCUAAACAGGGCUUACGUGGCGGUUCACUAACUGUUCCAGAAUCCAAUGCAAAAGACGUAACACUUUUUCUCCAAUCCCUUCAAACCAUUCCAACUACUCACCAACAAUUACCCAUCUUCUUCUUCUUAUUUUGCACCCAACUCCUCCACAAAAAACCACUCAAACAAGCUCCAACUUCUGCUCAAGACAAUAACACAAAUGAAAAUUCUCACUGGGCUAAUUGGGUAGCAACAUUGAGAAAUACAAAUUUUAUUCCACCGAUUAAAUUCUCUCUAUCUUUGGGCCUCGCAGUGUUCUUGGGCUUAGUAUAUAGCAAGGAAAACGGAUACUGGGCUGGGCUCUCAGUGGCCGUGAGCUAUGUUUCGGGAAGGGAAGCAACAUUUAGGGCAGCAAAUGUUAAAGCCCAAGGGACCGUGUUGGGAACUGUGUACGGCGUUUUGGGCUGCUUCGUAUUUCAGAGAUUCUUCCACAUAAGAUUCUUGUCUCUCCUUCCUUGGUUCAUUUUCACAAGCUUCCUUCAACGAAGCCAAAUGUAUGGGCCUGCUGGAGCCAUUUCCGCAGUUAUUGGGGCCGUUCUAAUUCUUGGUAGGAAAAACUAUGGCCCACCGAGUGAGUUUGCUAUCGCCAGAAUCGUUGAAACCUUUAUUGGGCUCUCCUCUUCUAUUUUCAUGGAUCUUAUUUUAGAGCCCAAAAGAGCUUCCACUUGUGCCAAAAUGGAGCUCUCCCAAUGCUUGGCCACACUUGGCGAGUCCAUUGGGUCGUUGAGUCUACUUUAUAGUGAGACCAAUUUGGAAGAAAAGCUAACGACUUUGAAAAUGCAAGUUAGUGAACUUAAGAAAUUUGUUGUGGAAGCAGAAGUGGAACCUAAUUUUUGGUUUGUACCGUUUAACAGUGUUUGUUAUAAUAAGGUUUUGGGGUCAUUGUCGAGAAUGGUGGAGCUCUUGUGGUUUGGAGAACGUGCUUUGAAGUUCCUCCAGCAAGAAUUCCAGCGAUGUGGGGCUUACGAGAAAGAGGAUGUGAACACGCUAAACGCUAAACUUGAACAUGUGAAGGAAUUUAUUUGCUCAUCGAUAAAAAAUAUCGAGGAGAUUUGUGGAACUAAACGUGUUGAGAAGAAUGAAAACCCUUAUGAUGUUGAAGCGGGAAAGUCAAGUGAGUGUAACACAUGCAUGGUUUCAGGUUUAGGAGAAGAUGGAAUAGAAGAAAUAAUUGGAUGGUUUCUGCAACUUUGUAGAAGUGUUGUUGAUAAGUUAGAUGGUGAUGAAAGUGAAGUGAAGAACCAAGUUGUUCUGAGUUUGAGUGCUUUAGGGUUCUGCUUGUUUUCAUGCAUACGAGGAACAAUAGAGAUUGAAGAAGCAAUCAUUGAAAUUGUACAAUGA